CUUAUUUAACCAUGGUGGGACUUUGAUCUUAUUCUCAUCCAACAUAGUCUUUCCUUUGUCUCUCCAUCUCCAUGUGACAUACAUCCAAGCUAGAUAGUUACAUGAUAAGAGAGAGUUUUAUGCUAUAAUAAUAGAAACUUCAAAAAAGAAAAGGAGAGGGGAAAAAAACCCAUAGAAAGAGAGAGAAAUGGAGAGAGGAAAGAAACCUCAUGUAUUAGUAAUUCCAUACCCAACUCAAGGCCAUUUAAACCCUUUAAUCCAAUUCUCCAAGUUCUUAUCCUACAAAGGACUGCACAUUACGGUGGCCAUCACCAAGUUCAUCUUCAAAACCUUCAAACCAUCAACCGAUACCUUAUUCGAUUGGGACACCAUCUCCGAUGGCUUCGACGACGGCGGGUUCGCUGCAGCAAGCAGCAUCGACGAAUAUCUCAUUCGAAUCCAAACGAUCGGGACAAAAACCUUGACAGACCUAAUCCGCCGCCACGAAAGCUCGAGCCAUCCAAUCGACGGAGUCGUGUACGAUGCCUUCAUGCCUUGGGCUCUCGAUGUCGCCAAGGGCUUCGGGCUUAUGGUGGCACCAUUUUUCACUCAGCCUUGCUCCGUCAACUUCAUUUAUUAUUGUUUUCAUAAGGGGUUUCUAGGUCUGCCCCGUUCGAAGGUGGCCUCGUUGCCGGAGCUUGAGCUGCAGGACAUGCCGUCGUUCUUCUCUGCUCCAGAGUGUUACCCAAAUUACUUCAAGUUGGUGUUGAAUCAGUGGUCCAACACAGAGGGAGCUGAUUGGAUUCUUGUCAAUUCUAUCUAUGAAUUUGAGCCAAAGGAAGGAGAUGAACUAUCAAAAAUUGGUCCAACACUAACAAUAGGACCAACUAUUCCAUCUUUCUACAUAGACAACCAUAAUGAAAAUGACAAGAAAUAUGAGUUGGAUCUCUUCAAAAUUGAGCCAGAGGAGGCAUCUUUAGCAAGAAUAUGGCUUGAUACCAAAUCAAAAGGCUCAGUCGUUUACGUAUCAUUCGGCAGCAUGAGCAACAUUAGCAUAACUCAAAUGGGAGAAUUCGCUAGUGGGUUAGUUGAAAGUAACUACUACUUCAUCUGGGUGAUUAGGGAAUCGGAAAAAGCAAAACUUCCUACCGGCUUUGCACCAGAAAAGGGGCUAAUAUUGGAAUGGAGCUCCCAACUAGAAGUGCUUUCGAACAAAGCCGUUGGGUGCUUCUUCACACAUUGUGGGUGGAACUCGACGCUUGAAGCUCUGUGCUUGGGCGUGUCGAUGGUGGGCAUGCCACAAUGGACAGAUCAGCCUACCAUCGCCAAGUAUGUGGAGGAUGUUUGGAAGGUGGGUGUGAGAGUGAAGGUGGGUGAAGAUGGGAUUGUGGGGAAGGAAGAGAUCAAAGGUUGUAUAAGAAAAGUGAUGGAGGGAGAUAAGGCCACAGAGUUCAAAGAAAAUGCUUUGAAAUGGAAGCAACUUGGGUUGAAAGCACUUCGAGAAGGUGGUAGUUCCAUGAAGCACAUUGAUCAACUCAUUUCAAGCAUGAGGGAGAAGAUAUCAGCAGAUUAACAAUUUUAUAUAUAUAUAUAUGUCUCUCGGUGUGCUUUAGAAUCUUUCAAUGUUAUACUACAUGUGAUUUUGAAUUAUGUUUAUCAAUCAUCUUUGUCAUUGAACAUUGGUGGUGUUAAUAAUGAACUUGUAAGCUUUAUAUCUUAAACGUAUAUAUACAAUUUUAAGGUUUAAAUAUUAA